AUGUUUAAAACUUCUCUGUCAUCAGUUUCCGCUAAGUUCGGCAUUGGCCAGAGGGAAGUAAAAAUUCAAGAAGGCCCUCUGUACAGAGCCGAAGGUUACCCUGUCAGCAUCAGUUGCAACGUAAGUGGUCAUCAGGGUCCUUCCACGCAGGAUUUCCAGUGGUCUAUUUACCUGCCAAGUGCCCCAACCAAGGAAGUCCAGAUCAUCAGUACCAAGGAUGCCGGCUUCUCUUACGCAGUGUAUGCCCAGAGGGUGCAAAGCAAGGAGAUCUACAUAGAGAGGCUGCAGGGUGACUCGGUCCUGCUGCAUAUCUCAAAACUCCAGAUGAAAGAUGCUGGCGAGUACGAGUGCCACACACCCAACACGGAUGGGAAGUACUUUGGAAGUUACAGUGCAAAGACAAAUCUAACUGUGAUUCCCGACACCCUGUCUGCCACCAUGCCCUCCCAGACACUCAGUAAGAAGGAAGGCGAGCCCUUGGAACUCACCUGCGAGACAACCAAAGCCACGGCGCAACACACCCAUCUCUCUCUCACCUGGUACCUGAUGCAGGAAGGAGGAGGGAGCCAAGCCACUGAGAUCAUUUCUCUCUCCAAGGACUUUGUAUUGACCCCUGGGUCCUCCUAUGCAGACAGGUUUGUGGCUGGUGAUGUACGGCUGGACAAGCUUGGAGCCACUUCCUUCAGGCUGUCUGUAGGCAAGCUCCAGCCCUCAGAUCAAGGCCAGGUGUUCUGUGAGGCCACAGAAUGGAUUCAGGAUCCAGAUGAAACGUGGACUUUGAUCACAAGAAAGCAGACAGAUCAAACAGCUCUGAGGAUCCAGCCGGCAGCAAGAGAUUUUGCAGUGAGCAUCACAGCCAGUAGCUCACCUGAUGAAGGAAAACCCUUGGAACUGGUUUGCCUGGUUGUCGGCAGAGAUGGUGACCCGCAGCUUCAGGGCGCGUGGUUUCUCAAUGGGAAGGAAAUUGCCCAGACUGAUGCUGGUGGGGUCCUGGACCUGAAGAGAGACUACAGAGACAGAGCGAGCCAGGGCCAGCUGCAGGUGUCAAAGUUAAGUGCCCAGACGUUCUCUCUCAAGAUCUUCUCCAUGGGUCCAGAGGAUGUAGGCACCUACAGUUGUGAAGUGGCAGAGGUGGCGAGGACUCAGACGGGCUCCUGGCAGGCACUUCAGAGAAAGCAGUCACCAGGCUACUGGGUGCAGCUGAGGGAGCCAGCAGCAAGAAGUGUAACCGUGUCUGCUGAGCAGCGUGCUGUGUGGGAAGGAGAGAUGCUGACCCUUCUCUGCCAGGCAGCUGGGGAUAUGAGUGCUCUGUCUGUGAGUUGGUGGCUCACCCCACAGGACCAGUCCACACCCGGGUUUGUGGCUGGCAUGGGGCAAGAUGGUACUGUGCAGCUGGGAGUCUCUUCUCCAGGCUCUGCACACCAUGGUAACAGGAGGCUGGAGAAAGUGGACUGGGCCACCUUUCGGCUGGAGAUUGCCUCUGCCAUGGUCACAGACAGCGGUACCUAUGAAUGCAGGGUGUCAGAGAGACUCCAGAACCAGGCCAAAAGUUUGCAGUCAACCCAGAAGAUUUCAGUCACUGUAAAAUCUCUGAAGUCAAGUUUACGAGUUAAUCUGAUGAGCCGUCAGCCACAAGUGAUGCUAGCCCAUACCUUCGACCUGUCCUGCGUAGUAAGGGCCGACUACUCAGAUCUCAAGCUGCCAUUCUCGGUAACCUGGCAGUUCCAGCCAGCGGGCUCUGGAGCCUUUCAUCGGCUUAUUCAAAUUGCCCACAAUGGCACCGUUGAAUGGGGGGACGUCCUCUCCCAGAUCCACAGGAAGACGAAGGUGUCACAGUCUUUCUUUCGUUCUCAACUCCAAAUCCAUGAUGCAGCUAUGGAGGAGACAGGGGUGUACCAGUGUACAGUGGAGGUUUAUGACAGAGAUUCCGUGUGCACAAGUGGCCCAGCCAGGGUAUCUGCCACCUCUAACCUAUUAAUGAUUACUGUCGCCUUUCCAGGGAGCAAACUGAGCGUGAACUCGAGCAGUCAGGUCAAAGAGCUAUCCAUCAGCUCCAGCACUCAGAUAGAAUGUGCCAUCUUGUCCCGAUCUGCUGGAAACCUUCCGUUAUCCAUCAUUUGGUACUUCUCUUCCAUUUCUGCAAGCACAACCUACCUGAAAAUCCUAGAAAUGGACCAAACCAAUGUUGUAAAAUAUGGGGACGAAUUUCAAACCCCUCAGAGCAAGCAAAAAUUUUAUUCUGAGAAAGUUUCUCAAGACUUAUUUCUGCUGAACAUUCUGAGUGUGGAGGACAGUGACCAGGGCCACUACCACUGUGCCGUAGAGGAAUGGCUCUUGUCUACAAAUGGCACUUGGCAAAAGCUUGAAAGAAAGACUUCAGGACUCACAGAACUGAAACUCAGGCCCACAGGAAGCCAGGUCCAUGUCUCCAAAGUGAGUUGGACAGGAAACGCUACGGAGUAUGGAGAGGCGGGCUUCAGCUGCAGCCUAGAUAGCUCAGGCAGCACAGCUUCCCUGUACUCUGUGACUUGGUACCGGGGCAGAGGAACCGCCACGGCUGCCACUGCUGCCGCUGUUGCCAAUGCCACCACCGCCACAACCACUGCCAUCGCAGGGAGUCAAAUGCUGGUGCACCUGCAGUAUGACGGCUUGCUGCAGUAUGGCCGAGAGGGGAGCAGGAGGCUCCAGCACUGCUACCGAUCCUCUCCCACAGACUUCGUCCUGAAGCUGCAUCGGGUGGAAAUGGAGGAUGCUGGGAUGUAUUGGUGCAGGGUGACUGAGUGGCAGCAACAGGGCCACCCAGGCAAGUGGAUCAACCAAGCCUCAGGCGAGUCGCAACGAAUGGUGCUCAGGGUGCUGCGCUCAGAGCCCACAGUCUCCUCCCGGAUCUGCUCCUCGGGGCCCUUGCUCCACUUCCUCAUCGUCUGCCCCUUCGUCAUGCUGCUCCUUCUGGCCACGUCCUUCCUCUGCUUGUACCGGAAGGCCAGGAAGUUGUCACAGCUGAGUCUCAGUGCAAAGAAAGAAAAGGCUCUCUGGGUGGGCAUGAGAAAGCCAUCACUUCAGAAGGAAGCCGGAGAGGAGGGUGGAGGCUACUGAGGAGCACCUGUGCUGGAGGGAUUGGGUUGGACUGUCCAGGGUGAAUGAAUUCUGCUUCAGACCUUGGCCAAGUUACCUAGGGACCAGAAGGGAUGUGCCAUGGGCAUAUAUUGUUAACCAUAUCUUGUCGAGUGUUUCUUUGUAUAGCAACCAUUUUUUUUUUUUUCUUUUCAUCCUUCAGAAGCAAAUAGUGUCAUUGUCCCCACUUACACAGACCUCACCUCCUGGAGGUCCAGCCUCAUCUGGAAAGAGAGGAACACCAGCUGUCGAGCCUUCCUUCCUCUCUCAUUCCUCUCCCACUCAUCUAUUCCCUUGGCAACAUCAGCUUGGCCCAGUCACAAGGGAAAUCAUUUUUCUCUAGAUAAGAAAUGUAGGAAAAACCGAGUGUCCGCAAAGCCGGAGGAAUUGAGAGCAAGGACUGGCUUGCCUGGAAUCGGACUCCCCCAAUCAGUAUGUAAUUUUUUCUAGGCAGAAAUCCGAUGUUUUUUCUCCAACCCCCCUUUACAAAUGCCUGCUGAAAUGUGUAA